AUGACUCUCAGACUCAAUCCUGGUCCAGUCCAGACCCUUAGCCCCUAUCUCUGGUCAAGUCCAGUCCUGGUCCAGCCUGGAAAACCCAACUCUGGCCUAGAUAAGUUUCAGAAUAUCAAAAUUAGUUGCAACAAAGAAGGAGAUAAUUUUACAAACAUUGCCACACUCUCUGGUGCAUUGGUUGGCCCAAUGCCCAAGCAUUCAAGGAGGAUGCAAGCUGGCCUUGCACACCUUGGAUGCUGGGCAAAGAAGAAGAGUGUGUCAGACUUCAUCAAGGCCGAGGAGAACAAAGAUAAUAGCGCACACAUACUGCAGUCAUUACACUGUUCCCUCAGUAGCUUGGACACUACUGAGGGUAAGAACUUAUUGUUCCUAACUGCCUACAGAUAUUUCUACACUAUCAAGGGGUAUGAAAGUUUGCAAGUGCAUUUUGGUGACCAUAUGUCAGCAGUGGAGUUGGAUGGGUUUGAAUCAUUUGAUGGAGACAACAGAAAUGAUGGACACAUCAGCUUCAACUGUGGUGCAAUAGAUGCACAUCCAGCUCACCUCCAGUCACCCAAAACUAAGUUUCACUAUGUUUCCAAUUGCCUGGUGACAAUCUGCAUUCUCUGGUCAAUGAUCCCAACAGUCCCUCAGGCACAAAGUGCAUUGGUGGAUGUUGUGGAGUUGCUAAGACUGCUGAGAACAUGUGGACACAGACAAAGACCAAAUGAACUUAUGAAAUCUCUUGAAAAGCGACUAAUGGGGAUGGAAUAUUUCCUUUGGGCAUACAUUGAUAGUGGCACUUGGAUGACAGCUGCAAACAAGACAGCCACAUUUAUUGGAUGGGGAACAUACAUGUCAAGGAAACUGAGGGAAUGGUCAACGGUGUUUAUCCUGGAUCAUGUGAGCUUACCACUGAGUAAAUAUGGGGUCUCCUGGACGAAAUCCAGGAUCAAUGAUGAAGAUCUGAAAUCAGAACUAGUCACCCACCUCCAAUCUCUGGGGAAAAAUGUCACAGCCACUGCAAUCAUUGAUUAUUUUGCACAGCCAGAUGUAAUGCAGUGGCAUGGACUCCGAAAAAAUAUCUCACUGGCAACUGCCAAACAAUGGAUGGCUGGAUGUGGAUUUCAUUGGACUGUGACUUGUAAGGGUCAUUUCAUUCUGACAAAACAAAUUCCUUCCUUCAUGGGCUGGGUACACAUGAGCAAGAUGUCAACUCCACAACCAAAAGGAGAGAGGCCAACUCUGAUGGUGGCUGAAUUUGUGUCAGCUGAUCAUGGAUGGCUGUGCUCACCUGAUGGAACUGAGUUGGCCAGGAUUUUGUUUCAUCCAGGAAAGGGCCAUGAUGGGUAUUUUUCAAAUGAUCAGACCAUCCAUCAUGUUGAAAGAGCAAUGGCUAUCCUUGAGAAACACUAUCCAAAUGAAGAUCAUGUCUUUAUCUUUGAUAAUGCAUCCACUCACAUGAAACGAUCAGAGGACUCUUUGUCAGCACAAAACAUGCCUAAGGGAUGCAGAGAGUGGGGGGUUGAUGUGCCAGUCCAAGAUGCAAGUGGACAGGCUGUGCUGGGUCCCAAUGGAAAACCACUGACAACAAAGGCUCGGAUCACAUAUGGAUUCUUCAAAGAUGAGACACCACAGGAGUUCUACUGGCCAGAUGGCCAUCAUCAUUCUGGGAAAUUUAAGGGGAUGGCACAGAUCUUGAUAGAACUGGGCUUUAACAUCACACACUUGAAGGCACAAUGCAAGCACUGCGAGCCAAGUGCAACAAUGUGCUGCUGCCACCAGAUUCUAUUUAAUCAACCAGAUUUCAUUAAUAUUGAAACAAUCCUGGAAUCCACAUGCCCAGCAAGGGGAUUCCAUCAUGUGAAAAUUUUCAACUCAAUCCCACAGGUUUAUGGAUGCAUAUCACAAGGGGUUGAAUGGAGAGCAGGCUGCAUGGGCUGCAAAGAGAUAUCAUGGACAUCAGGUUUUGCCAUCAACAAUCUUAGAGGAAUUUGA